ACGAGCGCUUUUGUAGAAGUCCGAAAGCGUUAUAAUUCGAUAAUAAAAUCAAAUAUGAUUAUUGGUUCUAAAAAAUCAUUAAAACUAUGGAGUUAACACAGCGACUUCCUUGUACACAAUCAUUCAACGAAACUCCGACACAGAGUAACCGACUCCCUGAACAGAUAGGAUUUUUGGGAAUAUGUGGCCAAAAAUAUCCAGUGGUGAAAGGUCCAAACAAAAUAGGCCGAGAUCCCGAAACUUGCAGUAUUGUACUCCAGCUGAAUUCGAUAUCAAGACAUCAUGCUGUUAUAAACGUUCUAAAUAGUUCCGAGUUCAUGUUAAUGGAUCUUAACUCUGCCAACAAAACAAAACUGGACAAUAAAACAUUAGAGCCAUAUAUACCAUAUCCACUGAAAAAUGGUAAUAUGGUGCAACUGGGGCAGGUUUUUGGUAUAUUCAGCGUGCUGCAAGAUAACAAUGAUCUCCCCAUGACCCAAGCUCUUGAUAUUCCGGAUACACCAGUGGUUUCCCGUCAUGUUUCCAAGUUCAGUCAUAUCCAUGUCACUACUGUGCCGGAAUCACCAGACAUGAGUGAUAAGGAUGAUUCCUUCAUAAUGCCUUCACAACCAAAAGCUCUGAGAAAUUCUAAUGCAAAUAAGUCUGCUGGACAGACAGAACCAACAGCAAAAAAGAAGAUUGAUAAUAAUUUUUGGAAUUCCUCAAGAAAAUCUGAUUCAAUCCAUUUACAAUCCAACACUACUAUUUGUAGUCCUAAUUCUUUUAUUUCAACAAAAAACCCAGAGGAUAAGAAAAUACCAGACAAUAUUCAUGAAAUGAAUACUCAGGUAUCAAAUAAUAAUAACGAAAGCACGGAUUCAUUAUUUACAGCAGAAACUCAGAUGCCCGAAAAUCGCCAUUCCCUUAAUAUUUUUAAUAUGGAAACACAACUACCUGUUAGUGAUAAGUUGCCUGCAGUAUGUAAAGUUAAUGAGCAAGAAAACUUAGCACUUGACUUUUUCACUGAUAUGAAAGAAAAUGACAUAUUUGAAGCUGAAACCCAAGCUGUGACUGUUAGUAAACCUUCUACACCUAUCAUUAAACAUACUGUUGAACGAAAAUCAGAUAAAGUUAGCUUGUCACAUAAUGCUUCAGAUGAUGUCAUUGUUUUUGAUGAAAUGGAAAGCGAGCCUCCAAUCGAGGUCUUUGAAUCCCAAGCAUUACUAACGGAACAUGAAGCAGAAACUCAAGAUCUUAGAUUUUUACAUAAUAAAGAGAGCGUCGCAGAUGAAGGUUCAAAAAGAAAUAAGCGCCUUAAAUCAGAUAGUUCUACUGAUUGUGAGGAUGAUAUGAUACAUUUAUCACAAAAUUUUCGUGAUAAACAUAAUAAUGAUGAUGAUGAAACCGAUUGUGAUGAUGUGCAUCCUAAUGAAGAAGGCGAGAAAAAACCGGAAGUUGAUGAUGACUUGACUGAUUGUGAAGAUGACCUUUUGCCGCCGAACGAGAUAAAAAAGACUGAAAUACCAAAAAACGAACUUGCAUUAGAAGAUUUACCAACUCAAAUAGUAGCAGAAGAUGAAACCAAAAUAAAAACGAAUGAAGAUGAUUGCAUUGACGAUAUGCUUACUCAAGUAAUACAAGUGAAUGAAAAUGAGGACAAUAUAGAAGAUAUGUUAACACAAGUUGUGAUUCCAGAGGACGAUAAAAAAUAUGACAUUAAGCCAUUACUACCCGAAAAUAAACCUAGCAAUUCACCAUUUAAAAUACCACUUUCACCUAUGAAGACCAAAAAAGACAUUAAAAUCCCAUCCAAAAAGUCAUUACCUGAACCAGGCAAUAGCGACAAAUAUGAUUUAGACUUUUGCUACGCUUCAACUCAGGACGUUUUCAAUGAUUUGUGUUCACAAAGAGAAAUUCAAAUUGGAGUAUCCCCUCCAACAAAAGGUAUUAGUGGAUCAGGAACAAAUAACAUUUCUGAAAGUACUGCAAAAUCUAAUGUGGGGUCUAACAAAAAUUAUUUUAUUGAUGUCGCGAAACCGAAGAAAGUGGGGAGUGGAGAUAGCUUGUCUGACGUUGAAAGUACGCCGAAAAAAGUUCCGCUGACCUUUAUGGAGACAGACUUGCCAGACAGUCAAGAAAUCAAAAGCAGCAUGACUCGAAGCAAUAGAACUAAUGCGAUAGAAUUAUCCAGUGAAUCCGAAACUGAAAAUGAUUCGGAGCAAUCUACACCUGUAUUGUUCCGACAUCCAAAGAAAAAGAGUAGCGAUGCCAAAAUGAAUUUAUCAAACAAAUUUGAAAUUGAUGCACUUCCUACCAGGAUUAUAACGCGGGUCAGAAAACCCACGGCAAAAGCUUUGAGUAAUCUAGACACUUCUAGUAUCGCUAAAAACAUUUUAAAGCCGAAAUUUUUACCAGAACAAGAAGAAAAUAUUGAUAACGAAAUUAUUACUGAAAAUUUAACGAGGCUCAAAAAUAAAGCUACUAAAGCUUCGUCUAGCGAAAAAAGCACAAAAAGAGAUUCCACUAAAAGCGACAAGAAGAAAACUGACAAAGAAGACAAAGAAACAGAAAAAACUAAAAGAAAGCCCAAAGAAAAAAGUACAGAUAAAAAGCAAACCAAAAGUAACUCACAGAAUACUAUGGACGGAUACUUAAACGUAACUGAAGACAAAACAAAAGCCAGUAGAACUACAAGGAGUAGAGCAAAAAAUAUAGAUUCAGACAAAAAGUCUACUUCGCCGGAAGUUGUCAAAUCGAAAAGAAAAAAACCAGAAGAACCAGAAAAAGAAAAGAAAGAAACGAAAAAAUCCAUUGAAACCGAGCAAACAGUUCGACGUAGCAGACGGAGGAAAGCUGAUGAUGACGAACAGAAAGUAUCCAAAGAAACGGAAAAAAGUAAAGUUUACAGUGUCAACUCUUCAAGGAAUUCAGAAUCGAGUCUCGAUUCCUCUAACGCGUUGAAGAGAUCGACCGAGCCUCAGUUUCCGAGUGCGAAAAAACCUAAAAUGUCUGGUGGAAGAUACACGAUUGAUACGCAAUAUGUACUCUUCACAGCAUUUCCAAACGAGGAAGUUAAGAAUAAGUUGGAAAGUUUAGGUGCGAUAGUAGUGUCAGAUGUGAUGCACUGCACCGUGGUGCUGACAUUACAGAUCAAGCGGACAUUUAAGUUGCUGUGUGCAGUCGGACUGGGCAGGCCGGUGGUGGGGCCAGCGUGGGUACAGGCCUGUGCUGAUGCUAACUGUAUAUUGGACCCGAAUCAGUACAUUUUAAGGGAUGCGGUGUCGGAGCAAAGGUUCCAGUUCGAUUUACAGAAGACAAUAAGAAGUAGACGCAACUUCUUGAAGGGAUACAAAGUGUCUUCGACGCCAAAAGUGGUGCCCAACGCAAAGGAGAUGAAAAUGAUAGUGGAGUGCUCUGGCGGCACAUGGAAGGAAGGUGGCAAGAAUUGGCUGUGCAUAUCGUGUCCCGCCGACAGGCCGCUCUGGCCGAAGUACAAACGAAAGGGAGCAAUCAUAGUGUCCACAGAACUAGUGCUGUUGGGGGUACUCAGACAAGAACUGGACAUUGAAGGAAAUAAGUUGGCGUAGUACCCGCAAAAAGACUACCCACAAAUAAGUUGUCAGACUACCCGCAAAUAAGUUUUCGGACUACCUGCAAAAAUUGUAGCUGGCAUAGCAGGCAAGUUGUUGGGCUAGUAGCCCCAAAUAAUAAUUUUUCGAACCCGCCUUUAAAACUACCCACCAUUGUAUAAACUCAUUUCCAAACCCAUCACAAUUACUGUAAUUUGUUUUUUUUUAUGUCUUGAGAUUAAAAGGACCCAUAAACUUUACUAUGUGCAUUACAUAAUAUGUGCCACUAAUGGAGGCACUUCACAUGGCUAUUUAUAUUUGGUAUCAAAACUCAA